AUGAGUACCCCUCCUUAUUACAACAUCUACCGGGUCAGCAGCAUAGGAACAGCUCUCACGGAGGCCCUGGAUGAGCUGAUUCGAGAUAGCACGAUCCCGCCACAGCUGGCGCUUAAGGUGGUGGAGGUGUUUGACCGGGUCAUGGCCGACACUCUGCGAAAUGAUGUGCGCAAUCGAAUGUCCUUCAAGGGCGAAUUGCAUACCUACCGAGGGCUGGAGGACGUGUGGACGUUCAUCAUCCGACGGGUGGUGUUCAAGAUGGACAACAAUGACGUGGUCAACGCCGACAAGAUCAAGAUUGUUACCUGUAAUGCCCGGAAGGCCGGUGAUGCGUAA